AGUCCCGGUCGCGAGCCGGUUUAUCCAAGCCGAGAUCACUUGAUGCGCCAGCUGUAUUUAUGGCUAGUCUCCCGCGUCAGAUAGAGGCGCGUUUCGCCCCGGAGCUCCUUAUCUGCCCCAGCCAUGGUCAACGUCGGCUACGACGAGUCGGGCGACCUCACCUGGCAAGACCCAGACACGGGGGAUACGGUCGUCUAUAAUCUGGGUGAUAUCGCAUGGGUACUAUGCUGCACGGCCCUCGUAUGGAUCAUGGUACCGGGCGUGGGUUUCUUUUAUAGCGGUUUGCUAAGGCGGAAGAACGCGCUUUCCAUGAUCUACAUGAGCCUCAUGACACUCGCUGUGGUGUCCUUCCAGUGGUUCUUCUGGGGCUUCUCUCUCACGUUCAGCGAGACAGGAAGCGCGUUUAUCGGUAACCUCAAAUACUUCGGCCUGAAGGGCGUCCUCGAGAAACCCUCCAUCGGCAGCACGCGCAUACCCUCCAUCGUCUUUUGCGUUUACCAGCUGAUGUUCGCAGCCAUAACGCCGAUGCUUGCGCUGGGCGGCUUUGCGGAGCGCGCGCACCUGGGACCGCUGCUGGUGUUCGUAUUCGUGUGGUCGACGCUCGUGUACGAUCCCAUCGCGUGCUGGACGUGGAACUCGAACGGGUGGACGUUCGUCCUGGGCGGGUACGACUUCGCUGGUGGCACGCCGGUGCAUAUCUCCUCGGGCACGACAGCGCUCGCGGUCUCGAUUUACCUGGGCAAGCGCAGGGGGUAUGGCACGGAGGCCCUCGCGUACAAGCCGCACAACACGACGUACGUCGUGCUUGGAACGGUGUUUCUCUGGUUCGGCUGGUUCGGGUUCAAUGGUGGCUCCGCGCUGUCCGCGAAUCUGCGCGCGGCUCAGGCGUGCAUCGUCACCAAUCUUGCUGCCAGCGUGGGUGGGUUGACGUGGAUGCUUUGGGACUACCGCAUCGAGCGCAAAUGGUCGGCCGUUGGUUUCUGCUCUGGCGCUAUCGCGGGUCUCGUCGCCAUCACGCCGGGCAGCGGCUUCGUUGGCGCUCCCGCCGCUGUCCUGUUUGGCUUCAUGGCCGGCACGGUCUGCAACUUUGCCACACAGAUCAAGUUCUUUGCGGGCUACGACGACUCGCUUGACGUCUUCGCCUCGCACGCCGUCGGAGGCGUCGUCGGCAACAUCCUCACCGCGCUCUUCGCGCAGGCAAGCGUCGCCGGCUUUGACGGCUUCACCGAUAUUCCCGGCGGCUGGCUCGACCACCACUACAUCCAGCUCGGAUACCACGUCGCGGACUCCGUCGCAGGUUUUGGCUACGCCUUCGCCAUGACCACGCUCAUCUGCUGGAUCAUGCAUUAUAUCCCCGGCCUGCGCCUGCGCGUCGGCGAGUCGACGGAGCUGCUCGGCAUCGACGAGAGCGAGAUGGGCGAGUUUGCGUAUGAUUACGUGGGAGUGGAGAGCGAGCUGAGGCCGUACUCGGUGGGUGCAUCGUCUGCGGUCCAGGGGCACGGCGAGCAGUACAUGAUGAAGGCCCGGAGCAGCGUCGGCCACAGCAUGUUCGAUCCCAACUCCCCUACGCGUCUGGCCUAGUUUAGGCCCUGUUGACUCCAUCCGACUCGACCUGCCAGUUGCCAGGCCUUACUGCGCCCUCUGCGUACGCGGUUGCCGCUCUCUCCGUGGCUAGGUCUGCUCGGAUGCAGUCUCCUUCCGCCACUUGUCUUGUUGUGCCGCCUUGUAAAGCCUAUUGAUCCCCGUGGGCUACCAAGUAGCCUCUUCCGGGAUAUACUCAGCCUUGCUCCAUCACUGUUUGGCGCUUCUUGUUAUUAUUGCUUGUACAUCGUGCUGCUGCUAUACGCAUAUAUUACAGACAUUCGUUCAACUCC